AUAGACACUUCAGAGAAGUUAGAGUCGCGGAUAAUGGAUACUUGUUACCUUCAGAGGAACCCUUGUCUAUUCUUCAACCCAAUGACCCAGUUGAGGUUAUUCCAUUGUCCAAAGAAUUUUUUAACUAUGCAAAUGCAAACUUAUCAAGAAUUAACUUACAAUCAAAUGAGACAUUUAAUUCUCACAGCAUAAUUGAUAGUAUGGUGGUAUUGAACUGUUCUGCCGGGGAAGUCAAUGAAGAAGUUGCAGGAUUCAAAGAGGAUCAAGAUACAGAAUUACUAUGUAUGAAGCAGCAAGCUAUAGCACUACUAGAGACUUGCUGUGAAGAUACUGCUAGUGCCGAGUUUGAUUCAGGUCAGGCAGUGAACAUUACUGGAGAUAGCGACAAACCUCGUCGCACUCGAAGACGCGUUCGACGCCGCAAGCGACAUUUGUCUGCUGGGGAUUCAAAUGGGGGGACAAGAAAUGGGGAGACUAAUAAAGAUAACAUAGAAAAUUUUGCACAGCCAAUUUUAGAGAAUAAUGGAUACACCCUCAUGGAAGAGAAGGGUGGAGUAGGUGAUUUAGUAAAUAUGUUUGAGCAUGUAGAUAAGGCUGCAGUAAAAGAUAAUUUGGCUGAUACACGAAAAGCACGUAUCAUACACUCAAUUUCGCCUACCCAAACUUAACUUAAUAAAGGUUAAAUUCUCUUAA